AUGUCGUCCACCAUCAACGCCUCCAUUGAAAAGUUCAACGGAGACAAUUACGCAACGUGGAGCCGGUACAUGCGCGGUGUGUUUUUGACGAAGUCCGUCUGGCACGUCGUCAACCGUGAAGUGACUCCAACUUUCACCGACCCGCGAGCGUCCGAUGACUACGUCAAGGCAAGCAACGUCGCGUUUGGUAUGAUGCUGCUGCACAUGAACGCGGACUACCAUCAUGGGCUGGACAACUGCGAGGAAGCCUGGGUUUCGUGGACAAGUCUGAAGACGCUGUACGGUGGGUCGCAGAAGGCAGGACGCAUCUACCUCAAGCUACAACUUUUCAGUAUCAAGAUGGAUGAAGGCGCGAACGUCAUGCAUCACUGCAACGAGGUCCUCAACAUCUCCGCCAAGCUUAGCGGCAUCGGUGCGAAGAUGGAAGACGAAGACGUUGCAAUUUGUCUGCUACUCAGUCUUCCGAAGAGCUACGAAAAUGUGGUGCUCAACAUGGAAAUGAGCAGCACCGAGCUUCGCACUCAAGAUGUGGUGAGAGUCCUGACGAAUGAGCAUGCCAAGCGUCAAGGAGAAAAAGGGACAACGACAGCGACUACGGUGAAGGCUGAAGAUGCAAGCAAGGCAUUCAGCGCCGAGCGUGAGCCCUACCAAUGCACGUAUUGUGGCAAGGUGGGACACACGGUGGAUCGUUGCUGGACAAAGCAGAAGAACGAAGGUCGGGGAGCCCGACGCGGCGGCAAUGGUCGUGGACGCGGGGCUAACAAUGUCCAGUGGGGACAUCAUGAUGAAGGCAAUGGCUACGAUCGAGUGGCGUUUGCAGUCUCGUUCGAAUGUGGAGUUUCGACGAGCAAGGACGUGUCUGGAAUGUGGGCGGUGGCCAUCAAGGGUGUGGGAACCAUCAUGGAAAAGGUGGUUCUGCCCAACGGUGAAGAGCGUGAGAUCGAAAUCAAGAACGCGCUAUAUGUUCCAAGUAUGAGCAAGAACCUGCUCUCGGUGCCACAGAUUAACAGCCAUGGCAAGUUUCAAGUCGUGUUUGACGGGUCCAAGAUGUAUGUGACUCUCAAGAACUCACAGCAAGUGGUGGCGACAGCGGAUCUCGUGGAUGGACUCUACUGGCUUCGGACGACUCAACGAUCAGCUAAUGUGACAACAAGUGGAACCAGUUGUGCCGAUCUACAUGCGAGAAUGGGUCAUGCUCCAGUCGAUAUACUUCGCAAGAUGAUCGCGACCAACAUGAUCAAGGAUGUGCGAGUCCCUCUCAAGUCGGGUGGAGCAACUACAUGUCGAGGAUGUCAACAAGGGGAAAUGGUCCAAAAACCAUUUCCAAGCAACCGAGACAAGCGCAGCUACGAUACGUUUGAGCUACUUCAUCUGGACAUCUGCGGGCCCAUGGAAAAGGAUUCGCUCGGUGGCAGCAAAUAUUUGCUGCUGAUCAUCGACGAAGCCAGUGGAUGCAUGAAGGGCUUUUGUCUACGAGUGAAGUCCGAGAGUGAAGACUACAUCCGGAAAUAUAUCACCAUGGUACAGACGCAAUUCUGUAAGAAGGUCAAGUUCGUGCGACACGACGGAGCUCGCGAGUUUGCAACCAACUCGCUUCAACUGUUCUACAAAGACGAAGGCAUUGAACAGCAGACAACGGUGUCGUAUGCACAUCAAACACACGGAACAGCAGAGCGUGCCAUUAGGACUAUUGUAACGAUCGGUGUUGACGGUCAUCGAUUUUCUACCAGUAUUGGUAACCGUGACCGAUCCAAUCCGAACCGCCUGUUCAGCUUAGUAUUUACGACGUAG